AUGCGCGCACCCGUCGUGGUGGUGAAUCUCUGCGGAGCUCCCGCCACUGGCAAGUCUACUCUCGCGAGUCAUUUGCGUGAUGUGCUCCGGCCGGAGGCCGAUGUGUUCUAUAUCUCGUACGACAGGAUUGAACGCGGAAGAUACGAAAGGAGUGAGCAGAAACCGCUCUGGGAGAGAGAAACUUGGAGAUGGGCGCGGAUUCACGCUAUUCACAUUCUCUCGGAUCUGUUGCAGAUUCUACGGUCCGAUGGAGAAGGAAAAAUAGCGGAGGACAUCCUUUCGUAUCCAGCAAGGAAUCGUGAAAGCAAACUAAAUGUCGUAAUCGUAGAUGACACGAUGCAUCUUCGAAGCAUGCGACAUUCCAUCAUGAAGCUGUGUCAGAUUUACCAGUGCAGCUAUGUCCCUAUCUACACAUUUUGCAGUCGAGAAAGCAUGCUUAAUCGCAACGCGGAACGUUCAAUCGAGUAUUACUGUGUCUUGAGGGUGUAA